AGACAACCAUCUUUUCAAUCCCUCUCCUGCAGCCGCUCUCGCAUUGUUGAGAGCUAGCUCGUCAGCCUGCUUGCGGCCAUAUUCCUAAACUAUAAUUCUAAGGCGAAAGCAAGACCAAUGUGGAGAUUUGCAGCUCUUGCAAUCAUACUCCUUUUCUCCCUUCCUAACCAUGCUGACUCUGUCAGGUUGUCCAGGCCGGGGAAAUUAAAUCGACAAAAACCAUUGCUGGCUGCUAAAUUAUCAACGCCUGCUGAAUUCCUUGCUGCUCACAACAAGAUCAGGGAAAUCCACAAUUUAACACUCUUGGCGUGGGACCAGAAGUUAGCUGGAUAUGCUCGCUGGUGGGCCGACACCCGCCUUGAUAACUGCAGGAAAUUGCUACACUCUCCCAAUAGCCCUUAUGGAGAAAACUUGUUCUGGGCUCUACGGGAUCACUGGAAUGCAUCCAAGGUAGUCAAGUAUUGGGGUGAUGAAAGGAAUCUUUACGAUCCAAAUACAAAUGAAUGCAUCAACAACAGUGUCUGCGGGCAUUAUACACAGAUUGUAUGGAAUGCGACUCAGCGUGUAGGCUGCGCCCAUGUUUUAUGUCACAAUAUUCAAGGUCACCUGUUUGUUUGCUCCUAUGAUCCUCCGGGGAAUAUUUACUAUCAUGGUCCAUUUGGUGGCCGUUUUAACAAAUCUAUCGUGAAUCCUCCGUCGCCUAAUAAUGCAAGCUCAACAAUUCUAGGAAGUCAAUCUGGGAUCACCGGGAAUAAAGCUAAUUAUAUUGUCUCAAGCACCACUGGGCAUCCAACUAAUAAGACCUAACAAUGUAAAUCGAGAACAUGCAUUUGCAUUCUAACAAUCUUCACAGGUAAACUGUCUGGUUAUAUGUGUUUCUCCAUAUAUACACAACAUGCAAUAAACAUAUAUGAUAUCUGUGCCUGUUUGUUCUGA